GAGAGAGAGAGAGAGAAAGAAAAGGAAGAAGACCAGAAUCUCCUCUGUCUCACCUGGGUUUCAGGUGCUGAGUUCCAACAGGCAUGAACGCGGAGAAGGUCCCUGCCACGCUGCCAGCUGUGCACAGGAUAAGCUGGUAGAAAGACAACGCUGUUCCUCUUCUGUGCGAUCCAGCUCAUUCCAGGAGUUCUCUUUACAGAAGUGAUGCAUGCAGAGAUGCAACCGACACCCUCAUCUGACAGCAGGGAGUUAUUAACACUGGGGAAGCAUUCAAAAACGUGAUCACAUCCCUGCAGUUUAAAGCACUCCACCUGUUCUGCCCUUCCCUUUUGCUGCAGGAAAAGACCAGGCCGACAGCUUCUAGCACUGAGGACCAAGAUGAAAGGCUCGCGGUGCCUCACGGUAGCCACCGCUUUGCUGACGCUGGUGGCCCUCAAGGCUUACAUCGAGUGGACUGCUGAGCAGGACGAGCGGUUCCCCACCCCUCACGAGGCCGGUUGGCAAAGCAGUUCCGUCACACCUGCCCAGCCCUUGGACAAAAAGUCGCUGGCGUCCUUCCAACUGCACUUCAACAACUCUCUGCAGCAGUUGCGCCAGACCAUUCCGAGGGCGAAAGCCUACUGGAACGCCAAACAGCACUGGCUCUUCCGGGCCAUGCAGGCUGGUAGUAAUGACUCCUGGAACCAAUGUUUCGGGCCUGGAACGGCAGACAGGGUGGCCAAGAUCAAAGACUUUGACUCCUACCCGGAGCUUUACAGGAACUUCAUUUUAUACGACGAAUGCCGGAACUUUCCGCUCUUGCUCAACCAGCCAACCAAGUGUAUCAGCGCUAAGAACCACACCUUCCUGCUCUUGGCCAUCAAGUCUCUGCCCGGGAACUUUGCCGCUCGCCAGGCGGUACGAGACACGUGGGGGCGGGAGAUCAACCCCGGCGGGCUGCCGGUACGUCUCGUCUUCUUGCUGGGCACUGCCCAGGGCCGUUACGGGCCCCGCCUGCAGAACCUGGUGGAGUACGAGAGCCGCAGUUUUGGUGACAUCUUGAUGUGGGACUUCGAGGACACUUUCUUCAACUUGACCCUGAAGGACUUCCUCUUCCUCAACUGGACGCUGGAGCACUGCGGGGACGUCCGUUUCAUUCUCAAGGGGGACGACGACGUUUUUAUCAACACCCCCAAGGUCUUGGAUUACCUGGGCUCUUUGGAUGUCCACAAGCCGCUGUACACAGGCCAGGUAAUGGCGAACGCCUCUCCGUUCCGCGUCCGCAAGAGCAAAUACUAUGUGCCGGAAUCGUUUUACGUGGGCCCUUACCCGGCCUAUGCCGGGGGUGGAGGCUACAUCUUCUCAGGAGCUUUAGUCCAGUGGCUCCAACUCAUCUCACGAAACAUAGCUUUCUACCCUAUUGACGACGUCUACACAGGGCUGUGCUUCCAAGCCCUGGGUAUUCACCCGGAGGCCCAUCCUGGCUUCCAGACCUUCGAUAUCGCCGAGAAGGAUCGUGAUAACCCUUGCGUGCACAGCCAGCUCCUGUUGGUUCACCGGCGUAGCCCCCAGCAGACCCUCCAGCUCUGGAAGCAAAUCACGGACCCGAACCUCAAGUGUUGAGGAGAGCCAGGGACCACCGGGACUCUGACAGUAGGGGUUUCAGUAGCCUCCUGUUGGGGUUGGGGAGGCAGAUGGAGUCAGAACUAGCGUGGCCUUUUGUGUCACAGUUGGGGACUCUGUGGGACACAGCCGCCUCCUGCACGUUGUGAGGGUGGGGAGCGCUGCCUCCUUGGGAUUUUUGCAGGCAUGGAGCCAGUGGGCUUCCGAAUGUCGGAGGCUGCGGAGAACACAUUGGCACCACGCCCCGCUUGUGAGCAACUCAGCAGCGAGCAUCAGAAACCAGAUGCUAGAAGUGAGGCCUUUGGACCAAUUCAGCCAGCCUCUCCUCCGCUUUAUGUUCAGAGCAUCGUCUGCCUGCUUGGAGGUCGCACAACAGAGAAGGUCACACGCAAAGGGGGCAAGCUUCCCGGGAGCGCCGUGCAGGCGGGCGGGCGGGCCUUUCUUUCUAUUAGGAUGAUGGGAAAUGAAACAGGACUGCUGCUCAGGGAAAGCGCACUUGUUUGGCAUGCGUUAUGGGCCCAACUCAGGUUCAAGUAUUCCCAGUUGAAGUGGAAAUCAAAUAUAGCAAGGCUGGGAAUGUUUUGGGCCUGAAGUCCUCGGGAGACCCUGCCAGCUGAGAACAGAGAGUACUGGGCUAGGUGGGGCAAAGCGUCUGCCUGGGUUUAAAAUGGCUACUUCUGUGUCCUUAAAGAUAGCAUAAGUUAAUUAAUGCAAGGGGUAUAAGUGUGCAAUUCAGCCUAAUGCCAUUCUUCACUUUGAAGAAUCAUCAUCAUCAUCAUCUAAAAAGGCACACGCUAGGUUAUAAAACCCGGGAGGAGGCGGUGCCACCUGGUCCCACAGGAUUAGGAAAUAUUCUUCCUGAUCUUGAAGGGCAAAAUUGCUUCUUUACCUUGUCAGCUCAUUUAGGCUGAAAGGAUAGGAGGAGGAGCAGCAGCAGAAGCCUAAAAAGCACUCUGGCUCAAGUGAUCCAAGUCGAAUCUCUGUAGUCCUAAAUUCAAUAGUCAAUACAUUUCAGGUGCUUUUAAGGUUUCCGAUGAAAACGUCUGAUCACACAACCAGAGCCCAGGUUCUGUCGAUCAUCUGUGAGAACUGGCUGGGCCGAUGGCAUUCAGUAACGCUAUAAUAUCUCAAACAUCAGAAUCUGCGAACUUUGUUCUUUCUUCUUAAGCGAAUAUAGGGCAAGUGGCGCAUAACCGAGCCUCGUGUGGCGCAGAGCGGUAAAGCAGCAGUUUCUGCAGCUGAAACUCUCCCCACGGCCUGAGUUCGAUCCCAGCGGAAGCUGGUUUCAGACAGCCGGCUCGGGUCGACUCAGCCUUCCAUCCUCCCGAGGUUGGUAAAAUGAGUACCCAGUUAGCUGGGGGAAAGGGAAUAACAGCCAGGGAAGGCAACGGCAAACCACCCCGCUCUAAGGCCUGCCA